AACCCAACUUGACCCACCGAUUUUAAAGCACGAAAAGGGUGGAGGGGAGGAAAAGAGAAGCGCAGCGACCAGCGAGGCGAGCGGUCUCUCUUCGCUUUAGCGAUGGCGGACGAUUCCCUCGCCCACCACCUGCUCCUCCCCCUCGCCGGCGGCUGCUCCGACGUUGACGGCGAUGACCACGCCUCCGCCGCCACCGUCGCCUUCCCUUCCUUCUGGCCUCCCUUCCCCUCCCUCUCUUCGGACUCCGACUCCGACGGACCCGGCUUCGUGCCUCCGCGCAUGGACCGCCCCCGGGAGACCGCUGCUUCGGCGUUCUUCGGCCUCGGGUUCCACGACGGGGAUGACGACGACUGGGCGCCGCCGGAGGAGGAGGGGGAGGUGGGGUUGCCGCUAUGCUGGGACUGCUUGCAGCUGGAGCAGCACGACGACGAUCACCACCAAAGGUGGGACGAGGGCGUUACCGACGCCGACGAGUGGGAGCAGGUCGCCGGCAGGGAGGAGGAGGAGGCGGCCGCGGCUGCUGAAGCCUCGGCGGUGCGAAGCCUGGAGUGGGAGGUGCUCCUGGCCGCGAACAGCCUGGGGAGCCUCGUGGUCGACGACGGCGACGAUGACGACGACCUCGACGGGGGCAUCGAGACGUACUUCGUCGACGACUCCGACGACCUGCUGUUCGGACAGCUCGAUGCGGAGGCGGACCACGAGCCGCCGUGCAAGAGCGGGCGCCCGGCCGCGAAGGCCGCCGUGGAGGGCCUCCCGACGGUGGUGGUCGCGGAGGCCGACGCCGCCCGCGGCGACGCGCAGUGCGCGGUGUGCAAGGACGGCGUCGAGGCCGGGGAGCGCGCCAGGAGGCUGCCGUGUGCGCACCUGUACCACGACGGCUGCAUCCUGCCGUGGCUCGCCAUCCGCAACACGUGCCCGCUCUGCCGCCACGAGUUGCCCACCGAUGACCCCGAGUACGAGAAGUGGAAGGCGAGGCUGGCAGCCAGCGGUGGCGAUGCAGACCUCCGUGGCACGGCGACAGGUAUGAUGGCUUCAUCAGGUUUCCUUGGUGAAUGGAUAGGUGAAGGAGGAGCAGACUAAUUUGCUUCGACAAUUAGGUGGUGUGUUGUGUUAAUACUUCUGCAAAUUGCUGCAAAUUCCUUUUUGAUAAGGUGGGGGAGGGAUCAAAUCAAUGUUAAUUGGUGGGUGACUGGGUGUGGUGGUGAUUUUCAUAUAGAGUGAUGAGAGUACGGUGCAUUUUAAUUUGAUAAUGGUGUAUAAUGUUGUGAGUGUUUGAGGUU